AUGAUGGUAACAGGGAACACAGAAACAUUCCGGCGAGGGAACACCAAUGGGCAACAAAGGGGAAACCAUCCGCGGCGCAGACUACGAGUCAAAAGCAGUGCAAUCUACAAGGUGAUCGAUCUCCAGACAUCGUAUACAUACAUACAUACAUACAUACAUAGGAGGGCUUAUUCAUAUAUAUAUAUAUAUAUAUAUAGUGUGAUCAGCCUGUCACAACAACAACAAUACGUUACAAACAUCAUACUACUACUAUAUCCCGAUACAGUAGACUAUCAAUAUACUAUCAAUAUACUAUCAAGUGUCUCUGCUGUGUGUCCAAAUAGCCUACCGAACAACAACAGAAAUACACAAACGAGUAACGACGACGGCAUCGGCAACGGUGCUUCUGCUUUAGUUGAUCCACCGGUACAAAAUGACAACGUCUCAACUAUCUCUUCAUCAACAUCAUCUUCAUCUUCAUCUUCAUCAUCCACUACUACUUCACACUCAGCAGCUGCAGCUGCAGCAGUGAAUCAGGAUGUAACAUUGAAAUCACAUUCCAUAACAAGAAGUAAACCGUUACUAAAAUUAAAACUAUUAAACAUUCUACGUCAAGGCGAUCUCCAACUAUUAACAACCCUAUUAACAUCCUCUCAAUUCACUCCAUUAAAUGAUCCAAACGUUCAUGAAGUUACUAAACUAAUAUUAAACUACGCAGUCCAAUUGGCUCCCACUCAACUAGUAAAAGAUAUAAUCAAUAACUUCAUCAAUCCUCAACCUUCAGAGAAUCCACUAAUAAUUCUAGACAUAAAUCAAAGAGACAAAAAUGGUAACACACCAUUACAUUUAGCAGCAUAUCAAUCACGUAAUGAAAUUGUAACCAUCUUAAUGGAUCACCCCAAGAUUAACGAUUGUCUAUUAAACAACAUGCAUUUACAACCCAUCGAAAUGUGUAAAAAUUUAAAUACCGCUCAAUUAAUUCAAUUCAAAAGAUCCAAUUACGUAGCUGAAAUCGCUCAAGAAUUUAGACUAGCUUUCAAUAAUAGAGAUUUCAACCAUUUAGAAACUAUCUUAAAUAACGAUAGGAACGCUCAAUUAUUAGAUAUUAAUGGCAUGGACCCGGAAACAGGUGAUACUGUAUUACAUGAAUUCGUAAAGAAAAGAGACGUAAUUAUGUGUAGAUGGCUCUUAGAACAUGGUGCUGAUCCAUUUAAAAGAGACGUCAAGGGGAAAUUACCAAUAAAUUUAAUACCAAAAAUUAAUGAAAAUGAACAAGCUUCAAAUACUAAAAUGGCUAUUGAUAUUGAAUUGAAGAAAUUAUUAGAAAAGGCAAUUAGAGAACAAAGCGUCAUUGAUAUCACAAAUGGUAUCGCUCCUUCUCCUCUUAAUACUGCCACAACAACUUCUCGUGACGAUAACCUGGGUACAACUACAACAACAACAACAACAACAACAACAAACAAAAAUGAUGCAAAUAAUAACAUUAACGCAAGAUUGCAUGAACCACCAACUUUUAAAGGUUAUUUGAAAAAAUGGACAAAUUUCGCUCAAGGUUAUAAAUUACGUUGGUUCAUCUUAAGUGAAGAUGGUAGGUUAUCCUAUUAUAUUGAUCAAUCAGAUACUAAGAAUGCAUGUCGUGGUUCCUUAAAUUUAUCAUCAUGUAAUUUACACCUGGAUUCAUCAGAGAAAUUGAAAUUUGAAAUCAUCGGUGGUACAAAUGGUUCAAUUAGAUGGCAUUUGAAAGGAAAUCAUCCAAUUGAAACAAGUAGAUGGGUUUGGACUAUUCAAGGAGCAAUUAGAUUCGCUAAAGAUAGAGAAAUUAUCAUGAAUAAGAAAUUAAAUAAUAAUCCAAAUAUGAUUACUAAUUCCACCAUUCAUUCAUUACAACAAAAUUCUCAAAUUAUUAGACAAUCAUCUGCCACAGUUGCUAAUCAUAAUAACACUACGGGGGAUCCGAUGAAAACUCGUAAAAGAAAAUCUACAAUGACAUCAUCAUCUACUACAACUACUACUAAUUCUGCAACUAAACCAUCUUUAUUAAAUGAAAAUACUAACGAUAAUGAACCAACUGUCGAAAACAGUACCAACUUACAAGAAAACUUAAAUGACAACGAAUCACAUCACAAUGAACAAGAAGAGGAGGAUGAGCAGGAGGAGGAUGAAGAAGACGACGAUGACGAAGACGAAGACGACGACGAUGACGAUGACGACGAUGACUUCCAUGCAAACCAUACCAAUAAUAAUGACGAAGAAGAUGUAACAAUAAAUUAUGGUCCAUAUUCUACAAAAGUACAUAUGUUACAAAGAUCUAUAACUAUAGAAUUAAAUUCAUUGACUGAUCUUUUAAAUGACGAUGAGAAUCCUACAACCACCACCACCACCACCACCACAACGACGAUCACUGAUCAUGAUAAUGAUAUGUGGGAUACGAUGAAUCAUUCAAUAGAUACAAUUACUAAAUGUUUCAAUAAAUUGAAUGAUAUUACCUCAAAAAGAGAUAAAAAAUUAUUAAAUAUGUUAGAUAAACAAAAAGAUGUUAAUAACGUUUGGAUUCAAUCAAUGAAAGAUUUAGAAAUGGAAUUAAUUGAUAAAGAUAAAAGAUUAGUAUCAUUAGAUAAAGAAAGAAAACAUUUAAAAAAAAUGUUACAAAAAAAAUUAUUAGAAAUUGAUACUACAACGAAUGAUUUAACAACUACUACAGGCACUACAACAAGAUCAAGUUCAAAUUUUAAUCAACAAUUAUCGGAAACACAAACAACAGAUAAUAAAUAUACUAAAAUGAUGAAUUCAACAGAAUCAAAUGCACAAGGAAAUAUGGAAUCACCGACUGAUACAUUGGAGGAAAUUGCAAAAUUUAUUAACGCAACAAAGGAUUCUGAUGAAGAUUCAGAUAUUGAUGAAUUCUUUGAUGCAGAAGAUGUUGUAGAAUCUGAUUCAGAACAGGAACAAGAACAAGUACAAGAACAAGACUCAACUAAUACCACACCACAGCCAAAAAUAGAACAAUCUAUUGAAGAACAAGAAACCAUCGUUGCUGAAAAAACAAAUGAGCCAAUCAAAAUAUUUAAUACUACUGUCACCACCACCACCACUACUACUACUACCGCUCUUACUCCGACAAUAGAAACCGUCCAGUCAUAUGUCGGACCUAAUAUUAAAAUUGUCACUGAAAUUCAAGAAUUGAAUAAAAAGAAACUAAUUGAAGAAGGCACAUUUUUAGGUUACGAGGAUGGUUUAAGGAAAAAAUUAUCUCUGGAUAAAGAUGAAAGACCAAAAGUUAGUCUUUGGUCCGUUUUAAAAUCAAUGGUUGGUAAAGAUAUGACUAAGAUGACAUUACCUGUAACAUUUAAUGAACCCACAUCAUUAUUACAAAGAGUUAGUGAAGAUUUAGAAUAUAGUCAAUUAUUAGAUCAAGCUGCCUCAUUUAAUGAUUCAACAUUAAGAUUACUUUACGUAGCAGCAUUUAGUGCAUCAAUUUAUUCAUCAACAACAAAUAGAAUCGCUAAACCAUUUAAUCCAUUAUUAGGUGAAACAUUCGAAUAUACAAAUCCAAACGCGUCUUAUAGAUUCUUCACUGAACAAGUUUCUCAUCAUCCACCAAUCUCUGCAACUUGGACUGAAUCACCUAAAUGGGAUUUUUAUGGUGAAAGUCGUGUGGAAAUGAAAUUUAAUGGUAGAUCAUUUGGUGUUAAACAUUUAGGUUUAUGGUACAUAAAAAUGAGACCUGAUAAUAACAUGAAUGAAGAAGAAGAAGAAGAAGAAAUUUAUACGUUUAAGAAACCUGAUAAUUCUGUCAUUGGUAUUCUUGUUGGUAAUCCACAAUUAGAUAAUCAUGGUGAGGUUAAAAUUAAAAAUCAUAAGACGGGCGAUUAUUGUAUAUUGAAUUUUAAAGCUCGUGGUUGGACUUCAGCGGGUGCAUAUGAAGUUAAAGGUGAUAUUUAUAAUAAAAAUAAUGAAAAAAUUUGGGUUCUUGGUGGUCAUUGGAAUGAUGCAAUUUAUGCGAAAAAGAUCACCAAUAAAAAUACAAGCGAUUUGAAAUUGGAUAAUAAUAAUAAUAUUAAUAAUCUACAUCCUAACACGAAUUUAUCGACAAACAAUAAUUCAUCAUCACGCGAUAAUGGACCAAGAUAUGAUGGAACUAAAUUUAUGAUUUGGAAAACAAAUGAAAGAAUAGAAUCUCCAUUUAAUUUAACUCCAUUUGCUAUUACAUUAAAUGCUCCACAACCUCAUUUAAUUCCAUAUUUAGCUCCAACAGAUUCUAGAUUAAGACCUGAUCAAAGAGCUAUGGAAGAUGGGAAAUAUGAUAUUGCAGCAGAGGAGAGAAAUAGAUUGGAAGAAAAGCAAAGAGCUGUACGUAAAGAAAGAGAAAAGACUGGUAAGAAAUAUCAACCACAAUGGUUUGUUAAAGAUGUUCAUCCAGUGACUAAUGAACCAUAUUGGAGAUAUAAUGGAGAAUAUUGGAAAUUAAGGAAACAACAUAAUUUUGAAUCAUGUCCUGAUAUAUUUUAA